AUGGUUCCACAAUUUUCUCGAUACCUUUUGAAUUUCGCCAAGUGUCGUGGAGAUAUUUUUAAACUCUUCAAUCCCAAACUGCUGGGUCCAUCUCCAAGGGUGACGUUCCACGGUCAGCCUACAACCAUCAAUGAGACCGGCUUCAACUUCGCUGUCACCGGACACAACACGCUGAACGUCUCAGAUCAGAUAAGACACAUGAUAGAUACGUUCAAGUCUUAUCCAGGUCUGAACUUCAGAGAGGACUGGAAGGUGGUGACGAUGCUGAUCGGCAUGAACGACAUCUGCGAUUACUGUAAAAACAAGACUUUGUUCUCCCCUGACAGCUUCAUCGAUCACAUGACCGAAGCUCUGGACAUGAUGAUGAACGAGAUCCCCAGGACCAUCGUGAACGUGGUGCAGAUUCUUCCCAUGAAGCCUCUCAGAGAAGUUCAGAAACCAACUCUGGGCUGUCAGCUUCAAAAGAGUUUCUGCUCUUGUCUGGUUCAACCUGAAGAAAACUCCCCCGAACUGAAGGAGCUGGUUGAGAUUAACUUUGAAUUCCAGAGAAGACUGAAGAAGCUUCUGCACAGUGAUCGGUUCUUCAAAGAGGACUUUGCUGCUGUUCUGCAACCUUAUUUAGAGAACGCAGGACCACCAAGACUUCCUGAUGGGACACUCGAUCUGAGCUUCUUCACGGCAGAUUGUUUCCACUUUACCGUUAAGGGACAUGAGGAGCUGGCAAAGGGACUGUGGAACAACAUGUUCCAGCCCGAAGGAGAAAAAGAGAUGAUAAAGACAUUGGCCGAGCCGAUAAAACUCAUCUGCCCUCCAAAGGAGCAUCCUUACAUCUACACCAAACCGCAAGUUGGAUCGUCAGCACCGGCACUGAUACAUUUCUCCGUGAUGCUGAUGUCUCUGCUUUCUAUGUUCAUCCUGUUUGAUUUUCUGUAAUUUGAUACAACACUGCCCAGGCUGAAGAUCUGAUUCCCACAAGAGACACCAAUCCUAAAACACAGGAAAACACAGGGACUUCUAGAGGUAUUUCUUUGGUGUUUAAUUUGGAAUUAUUAUAAAACAAAACUUAAUAUUAACAUAUUUAUAAUUCUCAUCACAAAUCAUUGGAUGACAGAUUUUUUUUAAUGA